UAAAACUUCUAACUCACGCCAUAUUUUGCCAAUAUCGUCGGUAUUCAUUACGUUAAAUAUAUAAUUUAAAUUAUAAGUGGAAGCAGCAACAUGCCAGGGUAGUUAAGGAAGGAGUGUAACAUAUACAACUACUGAAGAAAAGGAACUACAAUGAAGAAAUCUGGUAAGACGAAAAAAAAACCAUCAAAGAUGGAGGUGGACAGUGUGGUGGAGGUAGGUGAAGGAGACGAUGCUGGUCCUUCGGGAUACGCUGACGCCGAGAAGCAACGCAGGAAGUUGAUGGAGAAGCUUCAGGCUCGUCGAGAAUACAGUGACCGGGAAAGUCUUCGGUACUCCAUGAUGAUGAUGAUGGAUCGAUAUCAUGACCCCUUCGGUGGGCACAGAAUGUGGGGUAAGCAUUACAGACCGGGUGAGGUGCUGGACGAAGAAACGAUGAAGCAGUUGCGGUGGUCGCCACCAGUGAUGGUAACACCUGAGGAAGACAAGGACGAACACCUGGGUAUUGAGGACCACGGACAAGUGAUCACUGAUGCUCUGCUUUACAUCCUCAGAGAGAAGAACAAUGAUGAAGAGAAGAUUCAUUCAGUGCUACAGAUGCCAUCUACAAUGCCAGAUGUGUUAGAAAGUACAAACAAAAACUCCUACGCGUCUAGCACCUACAAUAUACUCAUGGCAGACGUGUCAGGUUCCAUGAACCAUUACUGGAGACGUUUAGUGGAUAGCUGGAACGAGUACAUUACCCCUUAUUUGGUCGGACGUACUAAUCUGUUUACCUUUGGCACCAAAGUUGAACUGAAGAGGUCAGGGACGAAGUUAGAAUACAGCGACUUGGAUCGCAGUACCACCGACCUAACUGGCGCUCUGCAGACUGUUGUAGACGAGGUUUACAAGUGCAAAGAGAGGUAUGUCAAGGUGUUUCUCAUCACUGACGGACAUCAUAAUUCCACAGAUGUUAAACCAACCAAAGUUAUUUGCCAAAUGACUGCUGCAAAGGGUAAAACAUGUGAUGUUUUUGUGCUAGGAGCAGGCAGUGACUUUCCUGUGCAAUACAGCAUCAGCAUUCGAUCACGUUUGCAUAAUGGAAGAGCAAACCUUCCCUCUCUUUUCUGGGCCAAAACUGAAGAUAACGUACAGGAACAAAUAAGACAGAUUGCUGAUAUAUUAUCUGGAGGGUCUUCUAGAUGCAUACAACUAUCAGUGCCUGGGUUUUCUCUGCCAGGAGGGGUAAAAAGGGACAUUUUGCACCUGAAGGAGUGGGUGUAUUACCCGUAUGGCCCAGAAACAUUGCAACGACUCACACUCAGACUUGGCAGAAACAUUUGCCAUAUCUCACUGGAACCUCGGGAAAUGAACUUGUCCAUUCUGAACAAAGUAUAUCGACAGUGGAACUCUGUUAUCAUCCAAAUUCACAACAAGAAAGAGCGUGUCCCCUCGAAUGUGCAAACCCUUCAUGGAGCGGGGCCCUAG